CGCAUAUUUAAUUUUAUUAGUUGGAGAUCUACACAAAUAUAAAAGUCAACAGAUCUACUAUUUUUCUUUUCAAAUCAUAAAGCAAACUUGGCCUACAUACUUAAAUAAACACAACCAUCAAGAGAAAGAUUCAAGAACACACCUAACCAAAAAAGAAGAAAAACUCAAUAACUUUUUUUCCCCACCGUACAACCAUGUUUAGAGCCAUGAGCACCAGGAAAGUCCACGGCGGCUACGAAAAGCUCGUGGAAGAUGAACCGAAGUUGAAGAGGGUCACGAGCGUUCCGGCUAGUGUUUAUGGUAAUUCAAGAAACCCGGUUCAAGAGGAGGUGAAGAAGACACCGACGGUGAAACCAACCGGUGGUUCUGUUCAUCCCUUGCUAAGUUUCUUCGACGUACGUUUUCAGAAGAAGAAGAAGAAAACCAAGAAGAGUUUGGCCACGGCGAAACCAGAGUUUGCGAGGUAUAUGGCGUAUGUUAAGGAAGGAGGUGUGUGGGAUCCUAAUUCUAACGCACCCGUGAUUCAUUACAGAUAGAAUCAUGGAGGAAGAUGAAUAAAGACUUGUAUUUCUUUUAUAUAUAUUAUCUAUUUGAAAAAAGAAGAAAAACAGUUCUUGAUUCUAUUCAAAAGAUGAAUCAAAACUAUGAUUUUCUCAUGUUUUAUGAAUUGAUGUAUUAAAAAGGUUAAGUGUUUAGUAUACUUUCAUUGAGUUACAAGAAUAAGAUAAGUUCAAGAUCCAUGAGCUUUUUUUUU